GGACGGCGCUGGAGGAGGGAUGCUGUCCGCUUCUCUUUUCUCAGCUACACGUGUUGUCGUUUAUUUUAAGGCAGAUUCUGCACGCUGAGACCCCCUCCUGCCCGGAACGACCCCUUCCCUUCAAUAGCUGGUCUCAGAUCCCCCCCUUCCAACCACGCAACCCCCUCCCCCUCUUCCCACCGUCCCUCCUUAAUCUCCUAGAUUGUCGGCGACUUGCUGCAGUCGAUGCUGCAGUUGUGAGCCGCUCCCGACCCGCACCGGGACACCUGACUCCAUGAGAGAGACAUGCUCGCAUUCGUCCUGGUCUCUGGGUCACUCUGGAUUAUAUUAGAAUUGAGUUCCACCCUAAUGGAGAAGAUGCAGGUCCAGGACAUGAUGAGUGGCCUGAGGAUACCAGAGAUGGACGACCUGAGCCAGUUCUUUCGCUCCCUGCCGACCUCCACCUUGGUGGGCAUUGGUGCCCUGACAGCUGUGUUGGCGUACUGGUUUGCCACCCGGCCUCGACCCAUCAAACCUCCCUGUAGCCUCCUUCACCAGUCCGAGGAAGUGCCGCAUGAAGAUGGAGGUCGAAGAUCCAUGAUGGGCGACCCGACCAGGUUGCUAACUCAUUACCAUGACGACGCCAGGACCAUGUAUGAGGUCUUUCAGAGAGGCCUGCAUAUAUCCGGCGAUGGACCCUGCCUGGGCUCUCGACUCCCAAACCAGCCCUACAAAUGGAUGUCCUACAAAGAGGUUUCUGCCCGAGCCGAACAUCUGGGCUCAGGCCUUCUGCACCAGGGCUGCCAACCCAACCCCAACCAGUUCAUUGGGGUGUUUGCACAGAACAGACCCGAGUGGAUCAUCUCAGAGCUGGCUUGUUACACCUACUCCAUGGUGGUGGUUCCCCUGUACGACACGCUUGGAGCAGACGCUAUACGGUUCAUCAUUAACACUGCUGAUAUCUCCAUGGUAAUCUGCGACAAAGUCGAAAAAGCUCAGGUUCUGUUGGCCAACGUGGAGCGAAAGGCAACACCAAAGCUGCAAAGAAUCAUUCUGAUGGACGCCUUUGACUCUGAGCUCGAGACUCGUGGCAAAGCCUGUGGUGUCCAUGUGCAGGCUCUGCAGGAAGUCGAGGCUCUGGGCAGGGAGCACCACAGAACACCUAUACCGCCGGCCCCUGAUGAUCUGUCCAUCGUGUGUUUCACCAGUGGAACAACAGGUAACCCCAAGGGAGUUAUGCUCACCCAUGGAAACGUGGUGGCAGAUUUUGCAGGAUUCCUUAAAGUCACAGAUACAGUCAUUUUUCCAAAUCAAGACGAUUGCCUCAUCUCCUUCCUGCCGCUGGCUCACAUGUUUGAGAGACUAAUUGAGAAUGUGGUCUACUGCCACGGAGGUCGGAUCGGCUUCUACCAGGGAGACAUCCGGCUUCUGCCCGACGACAUGAAGGCCCUGCGGCCAACCAUUUUCCCCGUGGUGCCUCGGCUGCUCAACCGCAUGUACGACAAGAUUUUUAGCCAGGCUAACACCCCGGUGAAGCGCUGGCUGCUCAACUUUGCUGCCAAGAAAAAAGGAGCCGAAGUCAGCAGAGGCAUCAUUCGCAAUGACAGCAUCUGGGACAAAAUCUUCUUCAGUAAGAUUCAGGCCAGCCUGGGAGGAAGGCUCAGGAUGAUUAUAACUGGAGCGGCUCCUACCUCACCCAGCGUCCUGAGUUUCCUCAGAGCAGCUCUAGGUUGCCAGGUAUAUGAGGCAUAUGGACAAACGGAGUGCACAGCUGGCUGUACCUACACCACACCUGGAGACUGGACCUCAGGUCAUGUUGGCGCUCCACUGCCAUGUAACCUCAUUAAACUGGUGGAUGUUCCUGAAAAGAACUACUUUGCAUCUAAAGGAGAGGGAGAAGUCUGCGUGAAGGGACCAAACGUGUUCAAAGGCUACCUCAAAGACCCAGAGAGAACAGCCGAGACGCUGGACGCAGACGGUUGGCUCCACACCGGAGACAUCGGCAAAUGGUUACCUAACGGCACGCUGAAGAUCAUCGACAGGAAAAAGCACAUCUUCAAGCUGGCACAGGGCGAGUACAUCUCCCCUGAGAAGAUCGAGAACAUCUACAUCAGGAGUGAACCGGUGGCGCAGCUCUACGUUCACGGCGACAGUCUGCAGUCCUGUUUGGUGGGAAUCGUGGUUCCUGACCCUGAAGUGAUGCCUGAGUGGGCCAAGAAGAAAGGCAUUCUGGGAACUUACAAAGACCUUUGUAAAAACACUGAAUUGAAGAAGGCUAUCCUUGAAGAUUUGGUGCGUCUGGGCAAAGCUAAUGGCCUCCUAUCGUUUGAGCAGGUGAAGAACAUCUACAUCCACAAUGAGAUGUUCUCCAUCGAGAACGGCCUCCUGACCCCGACACUAAAGGCCAAGCGACCCGAGCUGAAGGAGUUCUUCAAGAAAAAGAUCGACGACCUCUACAGCAGCAUCUCCAUGUGAAGCCCACCAUGACCGCGUUUUCCUUUGAGCAUCCUGACACAAAGAUCUGUUUCUACCUGCAGUGGGACAAUACUGCAUCUCAUGAGCCAGAACAUGCUUUGGGAAAGUAAACCAAAACUGUCCCAAAUGUGGAAGAUUUAAAAAAGCUUUUCAGAACAACCUAAAAAAAGAAAAAAGGGAAGACGGUGCACAUUGUCAUAUUUAUUUCUCAUAUUUACUGUAUAGAUAAAUUCAGCUGUCUGCUCAAGCAGUUGUUGUUUAACUUUUAUUCUGGGAUAAUUGGUCGUAGUUUCCCUUGUGGCAUGAAUUUGUCAUGUUAAAACAAUCAAAGCUAAAGAAGCAAGUCAGUGUUUAACACUGCUUCAUCCACUAGAGGGAAGCAUAGAGCAGCAUAUUUAAUCUGAAAUGGUAAAUGCAAAAGAAAUAUUUAUGACAAUGUGUGUUUUCACAUAUGUUUCAUGCUGUCUUUUGUUAUAUUGGCUUUAAAUUAGGCACAUUAAACUUACCAACACUGCUACCUGCUAUCGAUCCAAACAAAUCACUGCUAGGAUCCCAGAAGCAGAAAAAACACCUCAACAUUGACUUGAUCAUCAUUUCCUGUCUCUCUGCUCCCCUCCCUCCAGCUUCAAUCAGCCAGACAGAUAACAAGUGUUUGACCACAAGUUUGACGUUAUUGUGUGUAGAGUAGCUGCAAGAGAUUUCUAAAAGUGGGAAACAAGACUAAUGUAAAUCCACCUUUCUGCAAACCUCUGCUCUGCUUAGUGUGGAGCAUUUACCCAAAUGAAAAUCUGUUUUUUAACUCAUUCAUUGCAGGGAGAGUCAUCACUAAAUGACUGUGGCCAGACAUUCAGCAUGCAUGCACUUUGUUCAAUGUAAGGAACCGGCCCAGAUGAAGCUGUUGCCUCAGCUGGUGCAGUCGCUGCUUUAUUUUCCAUUCUCUUCUUCACAAAGAAUAGGUCUGGUAAAAACAAACAAAAAAAUAAAUAACUGAAUGAAUGAAUACAAAACCAGGGAUUAGGGCAAAGCAUGCAGUUUGCCAUGCAAUGCUGAGACCAUUUGGCUUUCAAUGCAAACGGUUUUAACAUGAGGCUGGGUUACCAAACUCCGCUCAGAGCAAUGGAGGGUUAACAGAACAAACAACUUUUAAACAUAGGAUACAUUUGUUUUGUUGAAGGGUUUACAAAUAGUAGUAAUGCAUUCGCUUUUAAAGUUGAUUACCGUCCCAAAGCAUAAACAAUGUGGAUGUACAUAAAUGAGGACAGGUAGAUGUAAGCAUAUUUAUUAAAAUCAACCAUUUUGAAUGAC